GAGGGUACAUUCAUGUAAACGUUUGAUCGCAGAAAAUAUACAAUGCCACCCGAAGAUACUAACGACGGACAAGAACUUGUUCAACAAGAUUACAAGCUUAUCAAGGACAGCAGUCCAAUGAAGAUUGAUAUCAAAAACGAUGAUCAAGAUGAGUCAGAAAAUGAUCUUGAAGUUAUCAGAAAACAGCUGAAUUACCCUCUUGGUAAGGACCCUAACUGGUUUCUGUCCGUUCUGCUAGGAUUUCAACAAUACCUCAUCUUGUUUGGUUCUACUUUUGCUAUCGCUGUUAUUCUCGCCCCCAGUUUAUGUGUUGAAAGUAACGUGGUCGUUAAAGGUAUUCUGUUAAACACGAUGUUUGUUAUGUGUGGCUUAGCUACUAUGGUUCAGAUAUUCUUUGGAACCCGACUUCCUAUCGUUCAAAGUGGGUCUUUUGUCUAUUUUGCCGUAGCAAAAGGAAUUUUGUCUAAAGAGCCCUGCAAGGAUGUGUACUACGUUAUUGAUGAGGAUGGCAAUAACGGGACUCAAACCUGGGAUCCAAACUGGAAGCUGCGGAUGACGGAGCUCCAGGGUAACCUCAUGCUGGCUAGUUUGUUCCAGAUGGCGUUAGGAGCGUUUGGAUUGGUGGGAUUGCUGCUAAAAGUGAUAGGACCGAUUACUAUAACAGUGCUCAUCUCACUCCUUGGGCUUUGUCUAGCUGGCGAAGCAGUUAAAAUGGCCAGCCUAAACUGGGGAAUAUCGCUUUUAAUGGUGGUGUUGGUGACUAUUUUCUCUGAAUACCUAAAGAAUGUUCCAGUGCCUGUUCCCACUGUUAGCUUCAAUAUAAGCAAGAAGAUAAAGUGCGGUGUGGCUUGGCUGAAGCUGUUUUCUACCCUAUCGAUAAUGAUAUCCCUAACUUUGGUAUGGAGCUUGUGUGCUAUUCUCACUGUAACUGAUGUUCUGCCUCAAGAUGACCCAGCAAGAAUAAUUAAUAUUACAAGUGCUAUUGAUGCUACAAAUUGGUUAUAUUUUCCGUAUCCGGGACAGUUUGGAACACCCCAAGUUAGUUUAGGAGGGUUUAUCGGCUUUAUUGCAGCCGUUAUCGGUGGUAUGAUUGAGAGUUUGGGGGAUUAUUUCGCUUGUGCUAAACUCGCCGGUGCGCCUCCCCCACCUCGAUACGCACUCAACAGAGGUAUCAUGAUGGAAGGAGUGGGAUGUUUCUUGACAGGGCUCUGUGGUCCAGGAGUCGGGGUUACCAGUUACAGUGAAAAUAUCGCAGCAAUCGGGCUAACAAAAGUAGGGAGUAGAAGAGUGAUGUUCUGUGGAGCUGUAGUUGUACUCUUGAUGGGAGUGAUAGGCAAGCUAGGAGUACUGUUUGCCUCCAUACCUGGCCCCAUUAUUGGUGGGAUGUAUCUGGUGAUGUUUGGUGUGGUUGCUGCUGUGGGGAUAUCUAAUCUCCGGUUUGUUGAUAUGACUUCGUCACGAAAUAUAUUUGUGCUCGGGAUAUCUCUCUAUAUGGGGAUCGUUAUACCAAUGUGGUCCGGUCAGAUCAUGGACGAUCCCGAAAAAGUGAAAGCAAUAAAAACGGGAAACAAGGAAUUCGAUCAGCUGGUGGCGGUAGUUUUAAGCUCUGGUAUGAUAGUUGGAUCUUCCAUAUCCUGCCUCCUAGACAACACUCUACCUGGUACUGAUAAAGAAAGAGGGAUAACGGGUUAUCGAUUAGCCUCUGAAGACUGUACUGAUAAGGAACUACUGGAGAAGAUAUACCGUGAACCGGUUAUGGAGUACUUUGCUAAUAAACUACCCAUCUUAAGAAAACUUCCUUUUGUGCCUGAACUUAAAUAGACUGUCGGUUCCAAUGAAUAACCAAAGGAUAGUCCUAAAAUUAAUAAUAGUAUUAGCAUGUGUAAACAACCGUUACUCGUUUUAUGGCAACAGAAUGACCAGUUGGUUAUAAGUAGCAACUUUUGAAAUUAAAGAUAACCAUGCUAUACGGCUAGUUUAAAGCUGAUCAUCGUGCCAGUCGCCAGAUGUGUGAUAUAAUUUUGUGGACUAAUCCGUGAACUUUUCUAGACUUUUCUAAUCGCAUUUGACGUAUAAGGAGUACUGUGUACUGUACUUAUAUCUUUAUAUCUCCAAGUCAAUAUACCAGCUGUGAUUCCAAAUAUUUUACUUUAAUUCGCCGGGGUAGAUUCUUGUAGUCGUUAUACUUAUUUAAUUAAAGUCGUACUUCAUCUUUAUUGAUAACGAGGAUUUUACUUUGAAUCAGUUUUAUUAUGGCAAGUUAUACUAAAAUUUAUUUCCAAUUUACUACCAUC